AUGGUGACGGGUAUCGCGGGCAACCCACAAGCCACCCCCAAUACGGUGGUGGUGGUCAAUAAUAUGAGUCCUGGAGUGCAGGAGCAGAAAAAAUCUCCUGGGGAUGCUAGGAGGAGUAAUAAGCCAAUAAUGGAAAAGAGGCGACGGGCACGCAUUAACAACUGCCUUAACGAAUUGAAGGCGCUAAUUUUGGAUGCGAUGAAAAAGGACCCGGCUAGACAUUCCAAAUUAGAGAAGGCUGACAUUUUAGAGAUGACUGUGAAGCAUUUAGAAGGCCUUCGAUCGGAAGGUGGCGGCUCACCGGACCGGUUUCGUGCCGGAUACAGACAUUGCGUCUCUGAAGUAUCCAAGUUCCAAGGGAUAGAGCCUUCGUUAAGGAAGCGACUUGUGCGUCAUUUAGAGGGAUGCGUUGGCAGCGCACCGGCAGCGAGGCCGCCUGGCGCUCCCACGCCUCCCUCCGACGUCGAGGACACUCUACAAACACAACAACACUCCGCUAUUUUAAUUUCGGCCGGUCCCGGUUCCGGAGUACGUCUCGUGCCAACACGGCUGUCUAACGGUGACCUCGCGCUGGUUCUUCCCGCUGGAGUAAACGCCAGUACACUUGGCGCUUUACCAACUUUGAUACCAUUAUCUCCACGAGACGCGUCAUCAUCCACAUCAUCUGAACCCCGUUGCUACUCUCCCGCUAGCUCAGGUUGGGGUACGCCGCCACCCUCAGCGGAAGACUCAGCUCCUUUAGCUCUGGUAACUAGAAAAGAACCUGAAGAGAAGCCUUGGAGGCCAUGGUGA